AUGCCUGUUCGCAACGAGCUAUGGGCUUCAAACGGUGGUUCUUUACAAAUUGGACUGGUCCGAGCUAUGAUGUGUUGGAGAGUUAGACCCAUCCAAACCUUGCUCAAUGCCAAUGAAGAGUGGGCACAAAGCGUAGUAAGGGACAUACCCGACUUUUUUGCUAGCCACCUGCCAGAAUCCCAAGGCAUAUCCUUUGAAGUUUGGAUUGGCUGCUCUGACUCACGAGUACCGGAAUCGAUCAUCACAGCAUCUGAGCCUGGUGAUAUCUUUGUGCACAGAAACGUUGCAAACCAAUUCCACCUCCAUGAUGACAGCGCCCUCUCAGUCCUCUCAUUUGCUGUCAAAGAAGUUGGCGUUGAACACGGCGAGUUUCUUAUUACUCUCAUGAUGAGGUCGAUCCUCUCUCUAAUGAGUACACGCCUCCAACAGUCGUUCUCAUCGGUCACACCAACUGUGGAGGCCCUGAACAAGGUCGUCAAGGCCAAUAUCAUCAAGCAGGUCGACAAUAUCUGCAAGUCGGAGCCUAACACCACUGCCUGGGCAGACCCGCAUGUGAAGAAAGUUACUGUGUACGGAUGGAUAUACGAUCUUGCUGAGGGACGCAUCAAGGAGCUCGUCCACAAUCCCCAAGGCUUUGCACCAAAUUCAUGGUUUUCGAUGCAUUCUUUGCUAGAUUUUCUUGAAGUUGCUCUACACGUCGAAGGUGCACAAUGCAUAGAUUUUGGAACCGCGCCUUCGGAGCUCAAUGAUUGCGAUCUCAUUGCUGAGUAUCGUGACCAAAUUAUGGCCAAAAUUCGGAGGUGCUUAGAGUGA